UUCUUACUCGUCAACUAAGUUUCUUCACUCUCCACUUCAUAAUAUCAACUUCAUUCUAAACAAUUAGAAAGAACAAAUUAUACAUGUCUCCACAAACAUAUAGAAUAUUAGUUAUUUAAGGAAGAUAUAGUAUUUAGAAUAUUAAAUAUACCGGGAAAAUAAAUAUAUGUGUGUGGACGGGUACCCAUGGGACGGGUUUACCUAAACCCAAACCCAACCCGACCCGAUGAAUAGUGUAACGGGUUUAAACCUGAACCCGACCCAAAACCCGUCAACACGAGUUUUACCCGCAUUGACCGGAUUGGGUCGGGUGGAUACCCGUGGGUUCGAAUUUUAUUGCCAUCCCUAAACAUGACAUCUCCCCAAAGGAUUAUUUCCCCAUCUAAUUUCUAGAAUCUCCUUUACUUCUCUUUGGAUGCGGCAGCGGAGAAUUGUUAGCUAGUUAAGAACCCUCCCUGCAAGUCCAUGACGUCGCCGAUCUCGCCAGCUCUAUGGCUUCUCGUUUUGUCCUCCUCCGACUAAGAUCGCAACUCCUCCGCUCCACAACAACCACCGCAACUACUAGAUCCUCUUCAUCUUUCUCUUGCACCAACAUCUUCUUCUCCUCCACUCGCCAGAUCGCUUCCACCUCUAGAUUGGCCUAGAUAAAUCUCUGCCCGAUUUUAGAUCUCCGCUCAGCGUAUGACGAUUCCGCCUCGAUCUCUAGUCUGCGGCUCUUCUCCACACCGCGCCGCCACCCGGCGCGGCCAAAGACCAUGGACAUUGGAGCCCGAGAUCCCUGCUGUUUCUUUGUUCUCGGAUUAGGGAUUUUCAAGGAGACCGUUUGUUUCACCCAUUAGUUUGUUCCUCUAGCAUGGCUCAGGCUGGGGUAUUCCUUAGAUCCAGAUCUUUGCAAUCGAGAAAAUAAGAUCCACCAGCUUUCGAGAACCCUAUUUUUUUACCUCAAGAAGGAGCAGGUGGUUUCAAUGGAACCCACCACCGUAUUGUUCUGCUUGGGUGAUUAGGAUGUUUGGUGUGGUUCCUGUAUUGGAUUUUUGGUAGUUUUGCUUUCUGUGCUGAGUUGAUAGAGGAUGAGAAAGGGUAGGUUUAGGUGUUUAUAGAAUAAUAGAAAAUUAAUUUUUAUUUUUAUUUUUUAAUAGUUGUAAAAAUGAGGUGGAAAUUGUAAAUGUUUAAAAUUUAUUAUUUUAAAUUUUUUUAAUGGCCACAUCACUCAUUUAACGGUCAACUAUAAGAGUUGACUGCCACAUCAUCAAAAGUUAACGGAGACUAACGGAGAGUGACCAAACUUAGAUUAUUGAACUAAUCUAAGUGACCACGAAUGGAAUUAAAUAUUUGUAGUGACCAAACAUGGACGUUUUUAGUAAAUCUAGUGACCAACCAUACAAUUAACCCGAAAAAAAAUAAUGAAAAAUGAAUGAAAGCAAAAGAGAGCCGCUACCAAAAAUCUGAAUCAUGCUCAUUAAGUAGUGUUUCUUAGCAGUCUGGCUUAGAAAUACUAACAUUAUUGUGACCUUCUUCGCUCUUGUGCUCUAGAGAAUUUGAGUAAUGCAGAAUGGCAGAAAGAAAGUUACUGGUUUGAUUGGCUGUGAAUGUGUUGGGUUUGGAACUGUGGAACCUUGUGCUAUGAAUACUUCCACCACCUAAAAGGCUUUUUCCCCAUGUCCAAGACCCUAGCAAGUCACUUGAACCUGUGUCUAAGACUUCCGGAUUAGUUAGUGGUGACAUCCCUUGUGUGAACUCUAACAUUAGAAGCUGCCAUCAUGGUGAAGAGACAUUAGGAUUUGAGAGAAUAAGAAUGCGCAUUUUUCGCAUCAAAUUGUCCUUACCCCACUGGUCGAGAGUGAGCGAUUCAUUUCCUUGUUCUUUAUGCUCUUUACCCCGAUGAGGACCUAGAUGGCUUGGUCUUGAUUCUGAUGUCUUGAGUUUGAUGCAUGCGAUGACUGUCUUGGUUAAGUGUUUGAGUCAAGUCUAUGUUGGUUGGUGAACAGAAAGGAUUACUCUUCCUUUACCAGAUUUUGCUGCACUCGAAUGUCCUCUGUGGUGGUUGUCUAGGUUGCUGUUGAGUUGUCCAUAUGUCAAUGAUCAAAAGCCAGUAUGAUUCACGUGUUCCGUGCAUAUAUGAUUUGUCCCCAAAGUUGGUAUGAUUGAAAUGUGUUGAGCUUACCUUGUUUCUGACUUGAUUUGCUUGGGGACAAGCAAACAGUUAAGUGUGGGGGAAUUUGAUGACUUGAUAUAUACACAUGUUUUUAUCCACCAUUCUUAUGCCGUUUGAACCUCAUUUCUUUAAUCUUAGGCCGAUUUCACGCUAGGUUGUUCUCGUUUGUGUUAUUUCAGGUCCUAGUACGUGAUUGGAGGUUUGGGAGCGAAUUCGGGGUCGAUUGGACGAAAGUUGGACGUUUGGCGAGAAGCUGACGAAACCACACGGCCAGACCUCGCAGCCACACGGCUGUAUGGAAUCCCAUUACGCGGGCAAGACCACACUGGCCGUGUACUGGGUCCCUUGAGGCCGUGUGGAAAUUCCAGGGAGCUCACAUGGUCAGGCUGAGAUUCCACACGGCCGUGCAUUUCUGGCCGUGCAGCGUGCAUGAAGCUAAUUAGAUGGAACGCCGCAUUUUGGUACUCACAGGGGCAGACUGGGAAACCACAUGGGCGUGUGGUCGGGAAAUUCUGGGUUUUAACCCAAUUUCGAGCCUAAUGAGAGAGAAUCGAGUUUUUGAGCAAAAAAUAGAGCUUUAGAGAGAGAAAGUGUGAAGAACAAACCCUAGGAGCUAUUUGGAGUGGAUUUCUCACCAUUGAAGCCUAGAUUGCGUCCCCAUGAGUGAAAAUCGACAUCCCAGAGCAGAUUAUCCUCAUCUUUAUGAGUAUGACUACUCUGAUUUCUGUUUUUCUCUCUCUCUCUCUCUCUCUAUGGAGUAGAACCUUCUCUCGCUUGGGUAUGAAGAACCCUAGUUCCAUGUGUUAGGAAUCUUGAUUGUAAUGACUUGGGAUUGAUAUACUGAUUGGUUAUAAUCGAUUGAUGCAUGAUUCAUUGAGUCAAUUGAAGUCUGAUCAUCUUUUCUUGAUUUCUGCUACAACCUGAGAUAGAUAGAAUCUGAUUGGGUUGUUAGAGCUUCAUCAAUCGGUAGGGUAGAUUGGUCAUACGAGAGUUAAUCGAUUUACUGCUUCGUACUGGAACCCAAUUCCAGUAGUGGAGUUCUGUGCUUAUUGCCUCAGCAGUCUAUCCCGGUGAAGGUUAGUCGCCUGCCGAUUAGCCUGCCUGAGAGGGCUUGGUCAGUUUAAGAGAUUCCAAGCUACUGUCGGAUCUUCUGCAGUUUAAUCAAUAGUUAAUCAACCCAGGGUAAUUGCAACCUCGACCCAACUAAGGAUCUAGGGGGACUCAUUCCCGAGUGACUCUUCCCUUGCUAAAAAACUUUGAAUCAUUUCCUGUUUUCUUACUGCUUUUAGUUAAAAUACAAUCACUUGACUUAGUUUGCUAGAUAAUAGAUAAUCACGGAGUAGGCAGUAGAUGUAGACCCCGGGUUGACAAAAAGAGCUUGUCACUUACUGCAUUUCCUGACUGCGAUUACACUUGGUCGCAGUUUGGUGUUGUGUUUUAGCGUGUCACUUUCCAUAUUUCCGUGUUAAAACGGGUGACCCAUCAACCCUUGACCCACUAGCUUGACCGGGUGCGGGUCAACCCUUCUAAUUCUAACAAUUUGAACUCAACGUUGUCAACCCGUAAAACGUUAAGAAAUUUACAUCACCUUAAAUUCAUACCCCUCGCUCUGCUCCGCCCAUCGUCGCCGUUGCGCCGCUCGAUGACGGAAAAACACCAUUUUCUCCCAGCAACCAAUAGUCCAAUCAGAGACAGAGGUAAAAGACAAAACUUAGAUUGAACCGAUUAAUUUACAUAGUUGUUGCGUUUGAUCUUAGGUUCACGAUGAGCUAUCCAAAACAUGUCCUGAAAGAAGUGCAUGGGUCUACAAGCGGUAGGGAAUUAUUAGAAUAAAUGAAUGUUGAACUUGUUGAGUUAUUUGGGUAUUACGAAAUAAAAGUUGCACAACCUCCUCCACCAUCACAGCCAGAAAAUCAGGUUGCGGAGACUUCUAAUUCUAACCAUUUGAACUCAACGUUGUCAACCCGCAUGUUGAACUUGUUGAGUUGUUUGGGUAUUGCGAAAUAAAAUUUGCACAACCUCCUCCACCAUCACAGCCACAAAAUCAGGUUGCGGAGACUUCUAAUUCUAACCAUUUGAGCUCAACGUUGUCAACCCGGGUAUUACGAAAUAAAAGUUGCACAACCUCCUCCACCAUCACAGCCACAAAAUCAGGUUGCGGAGACUUCUAAUUCUAACCAUUUGAACUCAACGUUGUCACCCCGAUGGUGGAGGAGGUUGUGCAACUUUUAUUUCGUAAUACCCAAACAACUCAACAAGUUCAACAUUCAAUUAUUCUAAUAAUUCCCUACCGCUUGUAGACCCAUGCACUUCUUUCAGGACAUGUUUUGGAUAGCUCAUCGUGAACCUAAGAUCAAACGCAACAACUAUGUAAAUUAUUCGGUUCAAUCUAAGUUUUGUCUUUUACCUCUGUCUCUGAUUGGACUAUUGGUUGCUGGGUGAUAAACCGUUAAUUGCACAUGUUUUUACCCCUAUUCUUGAGCCGUUUGAGAUGUUGAUUCUCGUGUUUUAGGCCGAUUUAACGCUAGGUAGUGCUUGUUUGUGAUAUUUCAGGUCCUAGUACGUGCAUGAAGGUUUGGGAGCGAGUUCGGGGUCGAUUGGACGAAGAUCGGACGUGUGGCGAGUCGCUGAGGAAGCCACACAGUCACACAUAAAACCCACACGGCCGUGCAAGGAACCAAUGUGGCCGUGUGGGAUUGUGCGAGGCUUCACACGGGCAUACUGGAGGCUCCACACGGCCGUGUGUCCCUAGCCGUGUAGGAAGCCUGAAACCCACUAAAUCGAAACUCGGCAUUUUGAAUCUCACACGAGCAUCUGGGUAAGUCACACGGCCGUGUGGCCUGCCCGUGUGAGUCGGGAAUUCUGGUUUUUACCCAAUUUCGAGCCACAAGUGAGAGGAUCGACUUUUGAGAGAAAAAACAGAGCUUUAGAGAGAGAAAGGGCGAAGAACAAACCCUAGGAGCUAUUUGGAGUGGAUUUCUCACCAUUGAAGCCCAGAUUGCGUCCCCAGGAGUGAAGAUUGACAUCCCAUAGCAGAUUUUCCUCAUCUUUAUGAGUAUGAGUACUCUGAUUUCUGUUUUCCUCUCUCUCUCUCUCUAUGGAGUAGAACCCUUCUCUCACUUGGGUAUGAAGAACCCUAGUUCCAUGUGUUAGGGAUUUGAUUGUAAUGACUUGGGAGGAUUAUACUGUUUGGUUUUAAUCGAAUGAUGCAUGAUUCAUUGAAUUGAUUGAAGUCUGAUCAGCUUUUCUUGAUUUCUGCUGCAACCUGAGAUAGAUAGAAUCUGAUUAGGUUGUUAGAGCUUCAUCAUUCGUUAGUAGUGGAUUGGUUAUACGAGAGUUAGCUAGUCUACUGCUUUGUACUGGAAUCCAAUUCCAGUAAUGGAGUUCUGUGCUUAUUGCUUCAGCUUUCUAUCCCGGUGAAGACUAGUCGUCUGCCGGGUAGUUAGACUGAAAGGGCUUGGUCAGCUUAAGAGAUUCCAAGCUACUGUCGGAUCUUCCGCAGUCUAUCAACAGUAAAUCAACCCAGGGUAAUUACAACUGAGACCUAAUUGAGGAGCUAGGGGGACUCAUACCUAAGUGAGUUCCCAACUUGUAAUUAGUAGAGUAGUCAGUAGAGUAGUUUAUAAAUCAAUCCUUAAUCUAGUUUGCUAGAUAAUGAACUGAAGCUGAGUAAUAGUAACUCUAGAGACUCGUGGAUUCGAUAUUUAUUACUUGUGCCACUAUACUGCAGUCGCUUUCAUUGGUUACACUUGGCCAUUGUUAGGUGUUGUGUUUUAGCGUGUCAAGAUUUUGGCGCCGUUGCCGGGGACUUUCUAGAUUAUUAGGAAAGGCAGAAGUUUGUUACUUUAGCAUUUUUCUUUUCUUUUCCACCCUUGCUUUUCACUUGGGUUUUUUCGUUUCUGUUGGUGCAGAUCUGAAUCACGGAUCCUCAUGGCUUCUCCAACCAUUGGGGGUAUCCACCACCAUCUGAGUGGUAUUACCCCGAGACUCCCUACAGCAAUCAAGGAGGCAAAGACUAUGGAUUCGGGUUCCAGUACCAACCCCCUUACUACGUAGAACAAUCAGACCCCUGGGCAUAUCAAGAACAACCUCAUUACCGAGAAGAAUUUCUCCCACAACCAGAAGGGCCAUCGGAGCUGGAGUUAUCCAUGGAGGCCUUCACGGGCCAUUUUGCAGAGCCAUGCUACACUCCACAGCCAGAUCCAAAAUAUCACUUGAGGCUUAUCGUGGUGUAGAUUGCUCGAGUACCUGAGAGAUCCUUUCCCGAGAUGGAUCCUCAUAUACAGGCCAUUGCCCAAACUGACUUCUCAUUUCCCCGUGAAACAGAGGAUACCCUUUGGAGCAUAAAGGAGCACAUAGAGGUCAUUGAGAAAGCCUAUUCACAGUUUUCUCAAUACAACCUUUAUGCUGCCAUACAAGUAGAGGUGGAGGAAGAAGAAGGCAAUCAUGAGGAUGUUGAGGAGCAUACAGAAGUUGUCAAGGAAAGCUACCAUGAUAAUCAUGAUCAAGUGUAUCCUCUGGUGGUAGAUCACAACUUUCCCCAUUUCCGCUCUGACAUGCUGGGCCCGAGCGAGGAGAUGCAAGCUGAACUUAUUGAGAACCUUGCAUGGCGACUUGCUUCUCUAUUUCUCCUCGGUUGAGUCAGUUUUGUUAUUUGAUUUUAGAUUCAAUAACUCAACCUUUGUGAGAUUUUGUGUGGUGUUUGUGUUCUGAUUACUCUCUCUUCCUGGAAUGCACCGCCUGCCCCGUCCAUCAUCAUUCACCCUUGAUCUGGUAACUUCGUUCUACCCUCCUUAUCUUUCCUCCAUUGAGGACAAUGCCGUGCUUAAGUGUGGGAGGGGUGCUUUGUAUCGGUUAGAAUCUAUAUACAUGUGCUUGGAGCCUAGUCCGUUGUCCAAAUCUCGAGAUUUGAGGGCUCCAAGUACGGCUGUUUGAUCAUAUUGGCACUGUGUUUUGAUUGGUGAAUGACACGCUAAAACACAACACCAAUCUGCGACCAAGUGUAAUCGCAGACCGAGAAUGCAGUAAAGUGACAAGUAAUAU